GUGAUAGAUAGAGGGAGGUCGGGGGGAUUAAACAGAAUGAAGAGAGGGAGUAAGGAGGGAAGAGUGAUAUUCAGCUCACCUUGACCAGAUCUGCAAGGGGCUGACGGCCGGGCUCACGAUACUUUUCUUCAAGGGGUUUGCAAAGCAAGACUCGAUAUGACUGAGGUGCUUUUGUUUUUCGUUUUCACUACUUCGAGGAGAAAAAUGAACACGCGGAGACAACUUAAGAAGUAACCCUUUUUAAGAAUGAUGGAAACACAGCAGUUUAGGGGGACCUUGGUAAAUUGAUUUUUAUUAAAAACACUUCAAUACUGAUCAACUUUUUCUUACCCUGUUUUCGACUGAAGAUAAACUGUUUAAAAUGCAGGACUGGAACAGGGGCAAGUGGUGGGAGUAGUAGCUGCGAUCUGACCUAAAACUGCGGAUCUCUGGGGAGGAAGGGCAAAUGAACGAAAGACAGACACGUUGUUUAAGAUUAUUUCGAGUGGUUCUGGGAACGUGUUGCCCUGUUUUUUCGGCUCGUUGAGUUUCCAGCCCUCCACGAAACUCGAGGGGGCUGAACAGAUCCAUGAGCCCCGCCCCUAGCAGGCUGUCAGGUAAUCAACGGUUUUUAAGAAACUCCGAACUCGUGGGAUGUUCCAUAGAUGAAGCCACAAUGCACUUUUAAUUUUUGUCUCCGAGUGAGAAGAAAAACUGUCCUGUUUCACCUUCAGCGUAUAUGUUCCCCUCUCUCAUCUGUUACUUCCAUCACCUAUUCCUUUGACUUUAAAGAGUCGGAGGGGUAAAACGCAUUACACCUGUCUCCCCUGAGAACGUCAGAGAUUAAUCUUUAAAUAUUAAUCCAAGGGAAGAGGCUGAUUUUUUCCCCCCUUUUACCCACCCGCCUAUCACACUACACGCUACAGCUUAAGAAGCACUAAAGUAAUCUCGCAGUCCGCGGAGCUCAGUUCGAAACUUGAGAUCCGCAAGCCGGACGCCCGGAGCUCUGCUUUCUUUUAUCCCGGGCGCCCCGGUCUUUGCCAUCUGUAGCUUUGUUUUCGUUUUUGGAUUUUUCAUUUCUUUCUUUUUUUAACUUUUACUCGUGGAGAGCUUGUCGAAACCUUAUAAGAACAACCUUUCAAGAUGAGUCGGUGCCAAAGACGAUGUAAACGACAGCUGACCAAAGUAGCCCGUUACUUUUAUCGCUUCGUCACAGGAACUCUCACCCAAGACAGCAUUGAAGAUGAUUUUGAGCUGUCCACUGUCUGCCAUCGACCAGAGGGACUUGACAAGCUUCAAGAACAAACUAAAUUCACCAAGAAGGAGUUACAAGUUCUAUAUCGUGGUUUUAAAAAUGAGUGCCCCAGUGGUGUUGUCAACGAGGACACUUUCAAGCUGAUUUACUCACAGUUUUUCCCCCAAGGAGAUUCCAGUACAUACGCCCAUUUCUUAUUUGAAGCCUUUGACACUGACAAAAAUGGAUCAGUCAGCUUUGAGGAUUUUGUUAUGGGUUUGUCCAUCAUUCUCAGAGGCACAAUUAAUGAUCGUCUAAACUGGGCCUUCAAUCUCUAUGAUCUUAACAAAGAUGGCUGCAUCACUAAAGAGGAGAUGAUGGACAUAAUGAAAUCCAUCUAUGACAUGAUGGGCAAAUACACGUACCCCUCCAUGCAAGAUGAUGCCCCACGAGAGCAUGUGGAGUCCUUCUUUCAGAAAAUGGACAGAAAUAAUGACGGAGUUGUUACAAUUGAAGAGUUUAUUGAAUCAUGUCAAAAGGAUGAAAACAUUAUGAGAUCCAUGCAGCUGUUUGACAACGUCAUCUAAGCAUAUUGUCCCACCAAGCCAGGACCUCUGCUCUGAGACGCUUCAGCCAUCUGUUUCAGCUGUUUUCCUGGCUGCAGAGACAUAUUGUGCUUUUGAUUCUCUAUACACAAGAGACACUUGAAGUGAUAAUCUAUUAGAACAUUGAACUGUAACCCAGACACUGAAUGGCAAACAGGCGGAUGAAAUGGUCUGCAAAACACCUCAGAGAAUUCAGAAUGAACGAGCACUUCAAAAAUAUAUAUAAAUAUAUUCAAGUCUCGUAUACGACUAGAGAUGUGACGUGAAUGCACAAUAGAUGACAAUGCUGUAUCUUCCAGUAAUGGAUUUCUUUUAGAUAGCAUGAAAACUACUAGAUACACUCUAGCGACCUUCCCAAGUACUUUUCAAACUCCUACCCAGAACUCCCAGUUGUGCUCCGUGUAUAUGUACGAACGUCACGGCCCACUUUCAGGACUUGAACACUUUGAUCUUACUUGUGCCAGGUCCGCUUACUUUUACACACCUGUGGUGUCAACCUGAAACACCACCUGCAGCUCCAAUCUUUUUAUUACGUUCAGGACGGAGAGACUGAAUGCCUUUCACUGUGAGAGGUGGAGCAAGAGAACUCAAAAAGCCUCACCCCAAUUUGUUUGGUGAAAAAGCAUGUCUGUUCUUCACUUACUGACCCUUUAAAAGUAAAACUCUGAACCUAACCAGGCACAAAAAGGUGCUUUUGUUUAAGAUGGUAAGUAUGAAAAAGCCAGAAUAAAUUCAUCUUCUGCCUGCUAAAUGGUAACUAAGCCAAGCUACCCAAAAUCUAGCUCUUCAGUUUUGUCUGCCACAGGCGCUCUAUACUGUUCCACUAUACCAUAAAGAUGUAGCCAUUGAAGUAGUUGUCUCUCUGAUUUAAAAAAAAAAA